CCUUCUAUUGUACUCUGUGCGUGAACGAUCACGACAUGCCUCCUUUUAAAUGUGAAGUGAUGUGGGCAGGAGACUGAUUCACGUUAAAGGAGGAGCCUGUGGAGGAUCUCGGAGGAGGGGGAGGAUGUGGUGGAGGAGAGAGAGAGAGAGGGAGAGAGAGAGAGAGAGAGAGAGAGAGAGAGAGAGAGAGAGAGAGAGAGAGUUGCGUGGUCCGCCAGUUUUUUAUCCUCCUCGCCGGGCCACUCGGGGUUGGAAAGCGCGCAGGAUGGAGCGGAUGGAGUCAAUGGAGCCGAUCUCGGCGCACUACACCACCGCGUACCCGGAGAUUCAUCCCGACAGCGGCUACGAAUCCAGAGAGACCACCGACAGCCAGGCGAAGACCCCCCCAGCUCCCGCAUACGAUGAGGAAUUGGUGCACAAGACAAUCCUUGUCGGGGACAGUGGAGUUGGGAAGACGUCUCUGUUGGUGCAGUUCGAUCAGGGAAAGUUCAUCCCCGGCUCCUUUUCCGCAACAGUGGGCAUCGGAUUCACGAAUAAAGUGGUGACUGUUGACGAUGUAAAGGUCAAAUUACAGAUUUGGGACACGGCGGGACAGGAACGGUUCAGAAGUGUGACACAUGCAUAUUACAGAGAUGCACACGCUUUGCUCCUCCUGUAUGACAUAACCAGCAGAACCUCCUUUGACAACAUACGGGCCUGGCUAACAGAGAUCCAUGAGUAUGCACAGAGCGAUGUAGUCAUCAUGUUGCUGGGCAACAAGGCUGACAUGAGCAGUGACAGAGCGAUCAGGAGAGAUGAAGGAGAGAGGCUGGCCAAAGAGUAUUCCGUUCCUUUCAUGGAGACGAGUGCCAAGACUGGAGUCAACGUAGAGCUGGCCUUCACUGCUGUGGCCAAGGACCUGAAGCACCGGGCUGCCCAGCAUCCCAACGAACCCAAGUUCCAGAUUCAUGAAUACAUCGAAGCGCAGAAGGAGAAGUCAGGCUGCUGCAGCUACUUCUAAAUCUCAUCUCCUGAGUGGUCCUCCCACCACUCUGGGUGAACAGACUGUCCGAGAGCUACCGAGUGGGAGGAAGCCCUGUUAACUUUCUGCUGCUCCGAAAAUAUGAUGCUGCCAUUCAUUGAAAACUUAAAGCCAAAAGUAGAUCAGUGGAGGGAGAGGAGGAUAUAUCAGCUAAACGGUUUUAUUUAGCCAAGACCAGUCUCCCUAAGUCUUUAGACUGAUGUUUAUCAUGGUGAACUGAACAUUUUUAGUAGCCAUUUUAGCAAGUAGUAUGCAAUUACUCAGAAAUGAUUCAAUUGAUUUAGUAAAUAACCAUAUGCCAUUUCCUUCUAUGGUGAGAGUUAGAUGAGAAGAUCAAUACCAUGUGCAGGCACGUCUAUUUACCAUGGGGCUAAAGUCAGGAUGUGUUUAGACUAGCUUAGCAUACAGACUUCAUGUAGUAGUAAAAUGUGGCUUAUUUCAGAUGUAAUAAUAUGGAUAUAGCCUGUUAUAUUUCAUGUCUUUGACCAUAUUAUCUUACACUACUUCACGUACACAACCCAGACUUGUGUGCUAUCAUGACCAUGCCCAUUCGGCGUUCAUAUUGUCUGAGCUAGCUUUGCCAUUCUCAUGCCACAAUUCUGGUUCUAAAUGACUUGAUUCAUAAAUGGUACAGAAAAACAAGUUCGUCAGCAGCCUCAGGGUGUCUCAAUUGCAUCAUCAUUUCAUCAAAAUACUCCACAAAAUCUGCAAAACUGCCACUCUACAGUUAACCUGUUAAUCUGACACUGGUGUUGCACCAGCAUGUUAGGCUACUGUGACUGUAAGCUCAUGUAACAGACUUUUCACCAUUGUGUCUUUAUUGAAGGGUGAAAUUAAUAAAUUACAGUGAAACAUUAGGCAACACAAACCAUAUAUGUAAAUAAUAAAUAUAACAAGACUAACAUUGAACUAAGUGCCAACAACGACAUGCUAAUGUUCACUGAGUUCAACCUCUUAGUUAUCCGUGUCAGCCUGCCACAGAGAUGAAGUGUAGUUUGGUCAGAACAGCUUGUAAACCAACUUCAGCUGGUCAUACAGUAACUCGUAAGUGAUGACAGUAAUACAGUAAUGACGGACCGGCAUGGCCACCGCAAGAGCCAUCAUGCUAGUAUGGCUGACCCAACAACUUGUUCCACCCAUCCAAUGAAUAGCUCAGCAUGCAAAGCUAGACCAACCACAUCCUGACAGAAGCACCUUACUUAAUGCAGAGACGUAAGAUUGAUUUUGGUUGAAUCUUCCCAUCUAACCCUUGAAAAGACAGUGAAUUAGCAUAUUCCCCAAAGUUCUGAAACACUUUCUAAAAAGAAUUCUUGCUUUUCGUGCUACAAUAUGUUUUUUUUUUUAAAUAUCUCAUUUGUUGUGUGCUUUACAUAAAUAUCUGACUGGAAAAUAUUUUUUUUACCCACCGUGUCCUUUACCACUAAAUCAUUGCAGACAGAAUGUUGAAGGAAGAUAGAAACAUACCAGUUUGACAAAGUGGAAUAUAUGGUAAGAAACUACACACACCCACACACUAAUAAAAUAGACCAGACCUCAAGGCAGACUUGGUAUAAGCUCUGGAUCGACUUUGAAAAAUCAGCAUUGCUACAACCUUAUCUACAAUGCAAUCUACCAACAGAUCCAGACAAAGGCCACACACUGUGUCAGGGAUGCAAUUCAAAGCCAAGAACUUGAACAAAAGCCGUGUGUGUUUAUAGUCUGAUUGGUUCUCAAAACAGUUCUCAUUAAGUGACAGUCGGCUGUUGUUGAACGCCUACUGAAACAAGAAAAGCUCAGGGACGCAGCUGGAGACAAAGCUAAUGUGCUCUGACCUCUUAGCUAAGGAAUACUGCAAGACAGCUCUAUUUCUGGACAUUCAGAGGAAAGCCUCCGUGUGUUACUGAUAAAAAAUUAUGUUCUGGUCUCAUGAAAUUAGUCUCUAGAGAAGGAUUGCUAAUCAAGACGUAAGAACGUAACAUGAGCUACUUGAUGGUUGAAUUUCCAGUUUUGGCUUAAUAUUUCUGAAAUGUUUUUUUUGACAUGUUGGCUUCAUAAUUUCCUUAAACAACAUUUUUGCUGUAUGACCAGGUUAUGGACUAUGAAGCUCAGUCGCAUGCUUGCUGGAUUGCAUGUACCAAAUCUGUGCACAGUGCCUCCAGAACAUGUUAAACUCUGUUUAUAUUUGUAUCAAGAUGAACAUAAAAUAUAUCGGGAAAAAAUGAUUAACAUACCUUUUCAGAUUUUAACUAAACAUUCAGGGUUACAUUUUUUUUUUUUUUUUUGUAAAACAAGAUCUAGUGUGUGUAAAUCAACAUAUUAAAGCUGCAUUAAUUGGUUUGCAAAAUGGUUUGUUGGCCACUAGAGGGCAGCAAACCAGUGUAAACACAACAUUGACAUAUCAUCACCAUGGAAAACUUGUUUUGGCAGAUGUGUCAGCCAGCAGAUGCCUAUUUACACAAAGACACAUGCAUACAUGUGUAUUAUAUAUUAUUAUUAUUUGCAGUCUCUUUUCUGGCCAGUUUAAUAUUCACUCUCCUUUUAGCUCUGUUUCCUGAGAACAAUGUUGGGCUGUUUAGCUGCUAAAUAACAUGUUUUGUUUACCAGCUAAUUGCUAACUUGGUCUUGCUUUUUGUUGCCAGGCAUGUACUGCAGUUCAAGCUGAAUGUUUAAACUAAGCUCAGAGUAUCAAUCAUUUUAAGAGCUGAUGGGAACUGCAGUGGUGGGUGGCAGUUUGCUAUGGGUUUGUCACUGCAGGCAACACAUUUCACAGAAAUAAUUGAUUAGUGCAGCUUUAUGAAACUAAUGAUGUCAGAACAACGGCUCCAUGUUUAGGUCUAACUACGAGCAAGUUUAUGAAGUAUGCAACACUCUUCUGCAAAUAUUUCACACUUACUGUGAGGAUUCUGUGACUCGGUUUGGGCAGCUCAGAUCCGACACAGUUUAGUAUCAAAAAUAAUAAAUCAGCCGGCCAUUAGAGCCUGUAAAUAUAAAACUAUUGUUCGUUGUCCCACCAUGCUGCCAAAAGUUAUCUUUGUUGUGUUGUUUGCUGCAUAACAAAUAAACUAUUUUUAACUGAGCAGACUUUAUAUGAAGUCUCUCCUGCUGUCUCCCGCCAUAUGGUUGGCAUAGCUGAAGCCACAAGCGUGUGUGUGUGUGUGUGUGUGUGUGUGUGUGUGUGUGUGAGAGAGAGAGAGAGAGAGAGAGAGAGAGAGAGAGAGAGAGAGCAUUCAUGGAACACAUGUCACUGUCACCAUUUAACAGUGCAGUGAACGGUUAUAAUCCGACAGGAACAAGAAGAAACUUCCCAAUUGCAGGUCCACCCUUCAAAAUAAAAGCCCACAUAUUCAAUUAUUUAUUUUCAUAGCAUUACCGGUCUGCGGAAGAGGACAGGAACAUUCGAAAAAGUUUAUUAAAGCUCUGACUUUUUUUUAUCAGGAUUGCCACUUUAAAUGAGAACUAUAGUCUUGAAGAAGAAAUGUUGAUCAGAAGAGGAAGACCUUCAUCGACUGUUGUUUUUUUUUCUGCCUAAAUAAACAAAAUGAACAAACCCUCAUUGUUUUCGUGACAGAAAAGUUCCUGCCAACUUUCUAGCUUCAAAUUAGUGUUCUGGGACCUUAUUUUCCUCCGAGAACAGCUUGUUUUUUCACUUAUACAUUCAAAAAUACAUUAAAAAGGGAACUUUUGUUUUUGAGUUCCAGCAUAGGUUUUCUUUAAGACCCCUGGGUUUAACUGACAUUGGUAUUCAGCUUUAUAAAACAAUAUACCCUGUCGUUACUUGUAGGCCUAAUUGUAAACUGCAGUUUGGAUAACUCAAUCAAUAAGAAGCAGGCAGCGCGGUAACUCUUUGCAGUCGCGCUGUAGCCUG